GAGCUCAGCGUAAAAGCAACCACAAACCUAAUACUAAAUCCAAAUAAAACCCAAGAUGUCAGAUGUUCAUAUCAAUAUUCUGCCUCUGGUUUUCGCGAAAUGCUUAAACCACGUUAGCGGCUUCUGGUUAGCACUCGCAGCUAGUUCUGCCACUGACUUAUGAUCCUCGUAACGUAUCUUCGCUUUCGCUUGAUAUAAAGAUGACGUCUCCUCAGCCCGGUAGCCCACCUCUUGCAGAACAAUACACCCCUCCUACACAGGAUGAAGAGAACCAGCAAGAGGAAGAGAUGUUGAGGGACCAGCCUGCAAAGAAACGUGGCAGAGGCAGGCCCCCGAAAGUCAAACCCUCCUUCAAGUGCUCUACAUGCACAGAGGCUUUCAGGAGUCUGUCGGCUCUGCGGAGCCACAAGCUUUCAGCACAUGUAAAGGACCGUCAGCAGCAACACUCGUGUUCUCAGUGUACCAAAACAUUCUCAAGCAAGGCUCAGCUCUCAAAGCACGAGCGCACUCACUCAGCCCAGCGUCCCUUUCAGUGUCCAGACUGUCACAAGGCUUACAAGACACCUACAGAGCUACGCAACCAUAGUCGCUCUCACACUGGGGAGAAACCUUUCAUAUGCACGGAGUGUGGGAAGGCCUUCAUGCAGGCUAUUUGCCUGAGGAUCCAUAUGACACAGCACAGUGGAGAGCGCCCUUACUCUUGCCGUCAGUGCUCUAAGAGCUACCCCACCCUGUCUAAACUGAAGGUGCACAUGCGCUCUCACACUGGAGAAAAGCCAUACUUCUGUGCUGAGUGCGGUAAGAGUUUUGCUGAUCCCUCUGUGUUCCGAAAACAUAGAAGGAACCAUCAGGGCCAUCGGCCGUAUGCCUGUGACGAGUGCGGGAAAACGUACACAGAGCUCAAGGACCUGAAAAACCACGAGCGCUCCCACACUGGGGAAAAACCGUACCUGUGCUCAGACUGUGGCAAAGCCUUCUCUCGCUCCUCCUCUCUAGCCUGCCAUCAGCGUAUUCACUCCCAGAAUAAACCCUAUCAGUGUGAGCAGUGUGGCAAAGGCUUCACCCAGCUGUCCUCCUACCAGUCUCAUCUCCGCACUCACUCUGGUGAGAAACCGUUUCUCUGUCCGCAGUGUGGCAAGAUGUUUUCUGACCCGUCCAGUUUCCGUCGCCACCAGCGAGCCCACAUGGGUUUCAAGCCCUAUCCAUGCGAUAAGUGUUCCAAGAGGUUCAGGCAGCCAGCUGAUCUGGCCGUGCAUGAACGCGUUCACUCUGGAGAACGUCCUUACAAAUGCCAAAGCUGUGACAAAGCCUUUGUAGCGUCCUGGGAUCUGCGGCGCCACAUGCUUGUCCACACAGGGCUCAGGCCCUUUUCUUGUACUGAGUGUGACAAGUCAUUUGCUGAGCGCUCCAGCCUCAACAAGCACCGGCGUGUGCACUCUGGAGAGAGGCCUUUCAAAUGUGAGGAGUGUCUGAAGUCAUUUGUUGUUUCCUCAAGCCUGCGCAAACAUGAGAGAACUCACCUGGCUGAGCAGUCUGAACAGCAGCAGCAACAACAACAACAACAACAACAUCAACAGCAACAGCAACAGCAACAACAGGAGACAGAGGCAGGGUCAGCCUCAGGCUUCACUGCACACACAACUCUCCCUCAGUUCUCCUGUACGCACUGCGAUGCUACAUUUGGAACCUGGGAUGAAGUUCAGGCCCAUGAAAAUCUUCACUCCAUUGAUUCCACCUCUCAGACUGUAACCAAAAUUGUGCCACUUGGCUCACAUGUCUGUGAAACCUGCCAGGCGGAGUUUGCACAGCUGGCAGACUUACAGGAGCACGAGAAGCAGCAUCCCAAGCCGAGGCCUCAUGUCUGCAACAGCUGUGGCAAAGGCUUCCUCAACAAAUCUGGAUUGCGUAAACACCAGAAGAUCCACUCCACCAAUAAACCUCACAGCUGCCCCCAUUGUAGCAAAGCCUUUCUGUUUGCCGCCUAUCUUCGCAAGCACUUACGGACUCAUGCAGACACUGCCUCAGCCACCAUGGCCACCCCGGCCACCCCAGCUGCCCCACAACUCAGUGACAUUAACAUUAUUCACACAGACCCGCUCCCUUCUCCUCCACCCCCGAGUGAGGUUUCCCCCUCCACUGUUGAAUCCAGUGCCAUAUCCCUGACUGUUCCAGUGACGGUACCUGUGACUUCUUUUCAGACUCUACCAGACUACCUUGUCAAAGAAGAGGGACUUUAAUCUUUUUUUCUUUUUUUUUUUUUUUUUAAAUCAUUUUGGAACUUUGAUUCCACAAAUAUUUAGCCAGUGGCCUUAAAUCUUAUACGAUGAUGGGUCUUAUUUUGGAAAAAAAAAAAAGUGUUAUUUUUCAUAAUAACUUCCUUCAAAAACUUCAAAAUAGAGUCUCCUACAUGCUUUGUCACAUGCUUUGUUUUUGUAUUGAUAUUUGUAAGAUGUUAUGUAUGAUCUUCAUGUUUUAAAAUAUAUACUAUACUAUAAGUAGCGUAUUAAGGAAUUGUCCUAUCUGUUGUAAUCUCAUAAAAAGUGGUGUUGAAACAUAUUCUAAUUACAGUUAAAUUUCACAUAAAUAAUGUGCAUUUUUAAUUAUAGCUUGUCUCAUGUUCUUUACAUUGUGUGAAUUUACAUUUUGUUAACAAAUUGUAACUGUUUUAUUGUGUAAUUAUUUGCAAUUACUGUCAUCCAAUAUUAUAAAAAUUGCUGAGUAGAAAA